GGAGAACUGAUAGAACACCGGACCCUGCGGGUAUCGUGAGUGAAAGGUAAUCAGACUGCAUGUCACCCUGGAGGGAUCAAAGAAAAGCUGAGUAUUUCAGCAACAUGUUACAUUUACUUAUAAGAUUAUUGUUUUAUAACAUGAGUAGGCCUAUGCUAGGCAAGUAUGUCCUGUCUGAAACAUGUAGCUAGUGCCAAAUAAGCAGGUGCCACUGGGUUUAUGUGCAGUGUUAUAGUUUGCCAGCAAAUAUUCAGUAUAAUCAAACUAAUCUAGCUGUAUGAUGGGGGGCUAAUAUCAGCUAGACCACCACACAGGUUCAUGUGCCCCCUAGCCAAUGCCCACUGAGGAAGAGUCCCUUGUUGUCUGCAUUCAUUAUUAAGCCCCCCCCCCACCAUGGUGCCGAAACCCGCAAAGAGUCCUCUGAGGUCAUCACCGGCACAUGGACACGGUCAGCAGACAGAGCUCUCAUCCGUGAUGUUGUGCCUCUGCUCCCCCAUUUGUAAGUAGUUGGGGUCUGCCUUACAUGUCGGUUGCGCUGAGGUUGAGGGAGCUUUGUCUUCCUCUGUAGGGUUAUGCGUUUGCGGGUAGUUAGGUGCUUGCAUUGCCAUCCAGAAAUUUUCCGUCUGCUCCUGUGCUGCGACGCCAUGGGGUCACGUGGCGGAGUCUGAUUGUUGCGGUUACCCACCGCAGGAUUGCUCCGAGGUGCCGCCAGCUUAUCUUCAGGGGCUGAAGUAAGUAGUUUGCCAUAGAGCUGUGCCCAGAAGCGCUCACAGAUGCGGUCAAAUGCGAGGAGUAUUGGUUCCACUGGGGUAGAUGGUGGAGUCAUGGCGGCGUGACCUGGUGAGGCGGCCAUCUUGUCUAGGGAAGCCUUGUGCCACCUUGGUGGAGGGAAGCAGCAGAGCCUGGCUAGGCAGUCGGGUCAGAUCGCCAGUGAGGACAGGGAUAACCCCCAUUGGUCUGAAGGGGGGGGUGUAGAGAACAGGGCUCAGUUUCCACAAGCUCCCACUCAAGGCUGGGGAUUGGCCGUUUCCCCGUUCUCAAGUGCAGAUUCAGACCGCAGACCAUUCAGUUUUAUGCUGGGUCCACCAGCUGCAGGCAGGAAAAAGCCUGUGUGUCGGCAGACUAUUCCUCUGGGUUAGAAUCAAGCUUUGGCCCAGAUUAUAGAACUAUAAUGUCAAAUUUAGGCUAAAUAAACUGUUUUCCCCGGGAAGCUCCAGCAGCAUGCGACCUGCUCGGUUGGCUGUCAGGCCCUGCCCCGUACUCUGUCAGCUUUUUACAAGUAUUGUUAGCUUAAUUUCAUAUUUUACUUUAUAAUGAAACUGAUUAAAAUUAAUAAUAUUUUUUUUUAAUAAAAUCAAAGGAUUUAAAUCACAUUGAUUUUAAAUGAAAGAACCCUGGUGUUAAAUUUAGAUAAAGAUAGGUGCAAAUAAAGUGAUUGCAUUAUGGCCUGUCUGGUGAAUGGCUGUUUGUGGCUGUAUAUCAACAGCAUGACAAUGAACACAGACCUUUUUCAUAAACAUCAGGGAUACACAAGUGCCUUCAAACAUCAGGCUGACACAAACUGUAACAAGCUAGAGAGUCAAAUAAGUGAUUUCCCUUUAUUCAGGGGCAUUUACAAAUACUUCUUGUGUUUUACAUUAGUGCAGAGCUUAAUUGAAGUUGAAUAUAUAUCUCUAAUCGUAGAGAUUGCAAUAACUCAAACCUCUGUAAAUGGACAAGAGCCAAUUCUCAGAGCAUAUGAAAAACACUAAAAAUGAACAUGGACAGCAAUCAGAAGAAGAAAAGGAUCUUGGAUCUCAUCCUGGAGAUCAUCUACCUGCUGACUGGAGAGGUGAGACAUUCUAUCACUGUCAGUAAAUUCAUAUUUAAAGAACCUGACUUUUUUUGUUGUUGUUGUUUAACCCUUUAAGGACCAAACUUCUGGAAUAAAAGGGAAUCAUGACAUGUCACACAUGUCAUGUGUUCUUAAGGGGUUAAAGGGACACUAUAAAGUGCACUCUAAAGGGACAAAACAACUUUAGCUUAAUUAAGCAGUUUUGGUGUAUAGAUCAUGCCCCUGCAAACUCACUGCUCAAUUCUCUGCCAUUUAAGAGUUAAAUCACUUUGUUUAUGCCACCCUAGUCACACCUACCUGCAUGUGAAGUGCACAGUCGUCCUAAACACUUCCUGUAAUAAGUCAUCUAAUGUUUAUACUUCCUUUAUUGCAAAUUAUGUUUAAUUUAGAUUUUGUAUCUCCUGCUCUGUUAAUAGCUUGCUAGUAAGUAAGUUACAUCUGAUUGAAAAUGAAACCAUUUUGAUUUCAUGCAGGCGGUGUCAGUCAUAGCCCAGGGAGGUGUGGGUAGGGCUGCAUAAACAGAAACAAAAGUGAUUUACUGCUUAAAUGGCAGUGAAUUCAGCAGUGAAACUUUAGAGGCAUGAUCUGUACACCAAGCUAAAGUUGUUUUAGUGACUGUAGUGUCCCUUUAACUAAUUUUGUUUUAGGAGACAUUUUACAGUAAAUAUUCAAGGGCAGAUCCUACUGCUCAUAACCCAAGUAUGUAAAUAAAUAUAAUAUAAUAUAAAUAAAUCUUAAUUUGCAAUCAGUAGAUCACAGAGUGAGAUAGUAAGGGAGAGAAAUCCAGUGACUGGGCUUGUGUUUCAUAAGAUAAAUAUAUUUAUCUGACCCGGUGUCACUGUCAAUAUUAGGUUCACAAAUUUGUGAUGAAUCCUGGACAGUAUGUUAAUCACAGCAGCAGUAUUCAUGGGUCUGAAAAAUCCAAUAGGACCCAGAGCCCUAACACGGUUCCUUCACAUCACUCACUUGACAGAGACAAUGAUAAGAAGAUCCUGGAACUGACCAAUAAGAUCAUCCACCUGCUGACUGGAGAGGUGAGACUGCUGGGAAUGGGACAUUAUACAGUAAAACAGGUUGUGUCUGGAUGGUGACCAUAUCAUUGUGUGUCAGGUUCCUAUAAGGUGUGAUGAUAUCACGGUCUAUUUCUCCAUGGAUGAAUGGGAGUAUUUAGAAGGACACAAGGAUCUUUACAUAGACGUGAUGAUGGAGAAUCACCAGACACUCGGCUCACCGGGUAAGAUAGGGUUUAAUUACUUGAAUUCUUUUCAUAAUAUGCAUUCAGAAGAAAUUCACAAGAAAUUACUUAUGUACUUGAUCAUAAUUUAUCAAUUAUUAAUGUGAUUUAUUUCCUCCCCCCCAGAAGAUACAUGUACAUCAGAUGGAUUACACACUUCUGAUUCUUUGUCUGACUUUAAAACCAGUGAAUCUGGACACAUUAACAAAUUUAGGAAACUCAUCAAAACAAAGGAAAAAAAGACUGAAUCUAUAGUAAAUAGCACCAAAGAAUCACUAUCUUUUGAACAAAAUUGCCCAAAUAUUGACACUGAUACUCCCACAGAAUGUUCACAUAUAGGAUAUCUGUCUACUCAGACUGCGCAGGAAUCAGCCUCAUGUGAAGAAGGAAAUCUUGCAUACACUGACAUGUAUACAAGCACAGAACAUACACAGAGACGAUAUCCACUUAACCAUAUUAAGGAAGAAUCAUCAGUAGUGGCUCUGGUUUCACAUACUGCUGUAUAUACACCCACAAGAGGUAAACAAAUAGACUAUACAUCAAAGUAUGAAACCAGAUCAUACAAAAAAGGAAACCUCAGAGUAAAUGAUAUUGAUAGAACCACAGGACAUGUAAAUAAGGAAUCAGCGGUCUGCAAUGUAAGUGUCACAGAAAAUCACAAUUAUAUUUCUCCAGAACCUUCAAAGACAGAGGAUGUGUUUGGUUAUAAUGGCGGUAACCUUAACUCACCUGGAAAAUAUAAGACAUUGUUAAAAGAAUGUAGAAAAAUUGAUACAAAUAUUAAUCCUAAAUCUGGUAAAUAUCUCAAGAACAAACAGGCAAUAUCCCACAGGUCUGUGCAUCCGAAAGGUUUUAAUGGUAACUCAAAGCAUGUUCUUUAUCCGUCCACUCUCACAAGAAAUGAGAUCGCUGCAUCUGAAAUGGAGAACGUUUUUCACACAUCUGAUUUAACUAAACAUGUGCCAAAUAACAAACAAGAGAAACCAUUUUCAUGUUCUGAAUGUGGGAAAUAUUUUAGUGCAAAACGCAAUCUUGCUACACAUCAGACUAUUCACAUAGGGUUAAAGCCAUUUAAAUGCACUGAAUGUGGCAAAUAUUUUAGGCUAAAGCAAAGUCUCAAUAUGCAUCGGAGGAUUCACACAGGAGAAAAACCUUUUGAAUGUUCUGAAUGUGGAAAAUGUUUUGGUAGAAAAGAUGAUCUUAUUAAGCAUCAGAGAAUUCACAAAAGUGAAAAACCGUUUAAAUGCUCUGAUUGUGGCAAAUGUUUCAGGCUUAAGCACAGUCUCAAUGUGCACCGUAAGAUUCACUCAGAAGAGAAACCAUUUGAGUGCUCUGAAUGUGGCAAAUGUUUUAGGCUAAAGCCCAGUCUCAUGGUGCAUCAAAGGAUUCACACAGGCGAAAGACCAUUUGAAUGUUCUGAAUGUAUGAAAUGUUUUGGGAGAAAGGAUGAACUUGUUAAGCAUCAUAGAAUUCACACAGAAGAAAAACCAUUUGAGUGCUCUGAAUGUGGCAAAUGUUUUAGGCUAAAACCCAGUCUCACAGUGCAUCGGAGGAUUCACACAGGAGAAAGACCAUUUGAAUGUUCUGAAUGCUUUAAGUGCUUUAAGAGAAAAUAUGAACUUAUUAAGCAUCAGAGAAUUCACAAAAGUGAAAGACCAUUUAAAUGUGCUGAAUGUGGGAAAUGUUUUAAGGUUAAGCACAGUCUUACUGAGCAUCAGAGGAUUCACACAGAAGAAAAACCAUUUGAGUGUUCUGAAUGUGGCAAAUGUUUCCGCCAAAAAGGAACUCUUGCUUCACAUGCAUUAAUUCAUACAGGAGAAAAACCAUUUGAAUGCUCCGAAUGUGGGAAAUGUUAUAGGCUAAAGUAUAGUCUUAUGAGGCAUCAGAAGGUUCACAAAACGGAAAACAAGCCUAAAGGGAUUCUAUAGGCACCCAGGCCACUUCUUUAUCUCUACCAGUUUUCAGCAAGAAAUUAAGACCGUGUUUACAUUAAUGCCUUGGGACACCUCCAGUGGCUGUCAUGGAGUCGCUGAACAUUCCCCACACAGAUGCAUUGAUACGAUGCAUCUCUAUGAGGAGAUGCUGAUUGGCCAUGGUGUCUAAAGCAUUGGAUUGGCUGAGAUUGUCAACUUUCCUGAUCUCAGCCAAGUCGGACCCACUCCGCUCUAGAAUAAAGGUGUGCAAACUCCCCUUUUACAUUAGUGACAGGGUGGCUGAGCAGCUACGUAAUUAUAUUACAGCUAUAGUGACAGGAAUGCAUGUUUGUAUUCCUGUCACUAUAGUGUUACUUUAAGCCAAAGAUGGUAACCUAGAAAAUCUGUCCGCCAAUGUAUAACAAUUCAAAUCCGUAAAGAGAGAAUAGUCAGCAGAUUAAGCUAUACAUCAUCAUGGUGUAACAGUCCAAGGGGGUAAGGGAACUGGAUCCAGAGGUGAUUAGAAUGAGAAGCUAAACAGUUGGAUAUGAGAUAGGUAGCUAUCCCGUCUGCAGAGACUACUCCCUCAGAGAGUACGUUUAUUCGGAUAUUAUGAAUGGAAUUCCUGAACCAAGAUCGGAGUGUGGAUAUCAUGGGAAGGAAUCCACUUAUUACAUUCAAGAUC